UAAUUGUAAGACUGAAGCUACAUCAUGUCCAGGCCGCACACCACGCUGCCUGCAAGCCCAUGUUCGCACAAACCCUUGCACUUACGGGCUCCAACGCAGCCUGCAUGCCGUCCGUCCCCGGCCUGCCCGUCCCCUCCCCAUGCUGCAAGUCAUGGUAGAGUAGCUGAUUCCGCGAACGGUGCCACGUCUACUUAACACGUCCAACAGCCUCUCCCAUGUCUGCUUGGCAUCGAGCAAGCCUUGACAGUAACUCCAACCGUAACAACUUGUGCAUCGUUUCUGCGCUUCUGCUGCUUUUGUCCGCGACUCCCGCCCCACGACAUGCUGUACUCCGGAACCGGUUCGGGAGCGAUAUCCACCUUCACGCCUGAGCGGCCUGACGCUCUGCGCAAAACAACACCUGCUAACAUGUAAAAAGCAAUUAGCUUCUUGUUGUUCAGGAUGGAAGCGCGGGCAGAUAAUCAACUGAUGCAAGUUCAUCAAGCCAUCGAGCGAUGGCAAAGCUGCAAGGGCGACCUAGACGGACAGACCCGAGCCCUAACCCGCGCUGCGUACCUCCUGCGCUGCUGCCUUGACUCCUGGCCCACAAGACAUGGGGAUACUGACGCCGACGCCAGAGACAUUCCUCCGACAGCCUUCAACGCAGAGCUGCUGGCGCUCGUGUGUCAGGAGCUGGCACAGGCGCAAUACCUGCAUGCGCUGGCGUUGUGCGCGGCAGGCCAGGGCCCCGCAGCAGACCCAUGGGUCGCGGGUCUGGGCUACCGGCUGCGCUUAUCGGAUCAGGUGUGGGCCGCUUGCGCCGCCAGCCUCACCGGCACCCCGCCUGCGACCGCUACCAUGCUGCCAUCCCCAUCAUCACCCUCGCCAUUGCCACUGCCAGCGGCUGCCGCUUCCUCAGCGUCAGCAGGGGUUUCAGAGCGGGGAAGAGCCACCAUGCAGUCGCCGCCGUCGCCGUCGCCAGCACGGUUACGGAGACCGUUAGUGUACGACGGUGCGUUGCCGCCGCCGCUGCUUCAGCGCCUGGCGGUGGCGUUUGACCCCGCUGGCGGCUCGCCCUACUGGCGGCAGCACCGGUACGGCAAAUGCCGUACGCCGUUCUUCAGCUACAUUUACCGGUUGGACCAAGAGCCCUCGUCCGUGGUGGAGGAGGCGAUUCGGCGGCUGCACAUGCGGCUGCUGCGGGAGGCCGAGACCGCAGCAGCGGCGGCGGAGGCCGGGAUCGCAGCAGAGGCGGCGGAGCAGCAUCUGGACACUGACGGCGGCGGCGGUGGAGGCGGUAUGGGUGACGGCGGCAGCUGCGGCAGCAGCAAGGGUGACGCCGGCAGUGGUACCGGCAGCAGCAGGUUUGACAGCGACACCGUCAGCAGGGACUGCGCUGCUGCAGCGGAGGGGCGGCUAGGCCACCCGCAUGGGGCUGCUCUGGCUGCGGCGCUACGCGGUGCGGUGGUGGCGGAGUGGUGGGCGCACAGCCGGGAGCCGGGGGCACCGCACCAGCUGCAUUUCGAUGUGGACGAGAGCGUGCUUCGGCUGG